AUGGUUCCAACAGAGAAAUUAAUAGAAUUAGUUAAAAAAUAUCUAAUACUUUAUGAUUUGUCACACGAGGACUAUAAAAAUAUUAGAAAGAAGGAUAAAAUAUGGGAUGAAAUUGGUCAAGAGAUGAAAGAAUGCCGUGAGGAACUAAAGAGAAGGUGGAGAAGUUUACGUGAUUCUUAUGUGCGAUACUUAAGAGUAAUCAAAACAAGAACUGGGCAAGGUGCACAAAAUAAAACAUGGCAAUGGGCUGAAAGUAUGAAAAUGUUCCAACCUUUCUUGCUUUUUGCUAAAACCUCUUCAAAUGUGCCGGAAGUUGUGACUAAUGUAGAGUCUGCAACUGAGAAAGAUGAUGGUGUAGAUGUUUCGCGUAAUGAAGAGAGUGAAAUUGGUGAUAUAUCUGAGGUACCUUUACCUACAAAAAAUAAAGAGUCUGCUACUUGCGCUGAUGUAACCACCCCGAUUGUAGAACCAGAACCAAAAAAACGAAAAGUCAGAAAUGUACAAAAUACGAAACCAACUUCAGUUGACUCUAUUAUUAGCUUGAUAAAACAAUUUUCUGGAAAACGUCAGGCCGAAACAAAAUUACAAAUUGCUGAAAUAAUUGCCAAGCAAGAGUUAAUGCAUUAUGAAGAGCAGCAGCAGCAGUAG